AGAGACCGGGAGCUCUUUGAUGUAGUGACAGCAUCUGUGGUCGAGCCGUGCUUGCUCCUUGACUUUGAUGUGUGAUCACGAUCUUCUAUUCUUAACUUAUACGAGUAUUAGGCUUAAAUUUUUGUUUAAUUCUUGUUCCUACUGAAUUGCAGAGUUAAUUGUGAGGGGGUUUAUACAUCGAUAUCUUCGAAAUAAAUGUUGAACUGAACACAGUGUGCCGGUUUAUAUAUUUUUGGUCACGCCUUCAUUGAGUGAUUUUCCGCUGUAAAUGUUGAUGUGACUUGCUUACACAAUUUUGGUGCAGUUUAUUUAUGUGAUAGAAAUCCAAUUAUUCGAAUUUAUGAAAUGGAAAAACAGUUUGCGGACACUCAACGAACUUGCGAAGACGAUCUGCAGUUUUUCUUGAUCGAUUUCCGAAUAGAAAAUAAGUGAAUACUGCCGGAAUAAACCUGACCUAGGAAAGAUGUGAUACGUGCCGUGACGCCAUUAUGCCUGAGUACCAUGCUCCGUUGCGUGGCUGAGUGUGAUCGCACCGGCUUGCCAUCCAGCGCAGCCUCUGCCCUCGACUCCGACCACACUGGCCUUCCUCUCCUCCCUUGGAAGGCAUCACUUCUGCAGCAGCAGCAGCAACAACAACUCCCUCAUUCAGGACUCCCACCUCAACAUCUCUUAGCAAACUCCCAUCUUGGCUCCUUUUCUGGACAUUGUUCUCCUCCUCUCCACCUUUCCCUGCACCCACCUCCCUCUCCUCAGCAGCAGCAACAGCUGCUGCAUCCUACCUCUCCUCAGCAGCUGUUGACAGCUGCAGGUCCAUCAUCUGUGAGCUGCUCGCUGCUGUCGUCCCCCAGUGAGCUGCCGCUGUCAGACAGCGGCAGUGGUGUGGUGGUCGCCUCAAGCUGCCAAGUGGCUGCUACUCUGCCAUACUCGUCCCCCUCACCAUCUCACUCCAUACUUGCCUCCCUAGGACACGCAUUGGGACACUCCCACACAAACACACAUUCUCCUGGCCCUCCACAGGCGCCACCAUCCAACCAAUCUUUCCCUGUGGGCCCUUUGGGGCCCCAAAAUUUGUUCAACACGCCUCCUAAUAGCUUUUCGGGGCCACCAACAUCUGGCCCCACUUCUGGUCCCUUUCCUGGCUCUCCUGCUCCUUCCAAUGCCUCAACCCCAGGACCUGGGGGACCUUCCCCUUUCCCACAAGGCCCUGGAGGUGGCCCUCCGACCAGCAUGGCUCCUGGCUCCAUACCUGGGGCCAUGCCAUACCACGGGUCUUCGGCCUACAGUAGUCCCACUGGUCCCCACAUGAAUGGCCCAGGUCCUGGUAUGGGAGGGCCCAUGCCUCCCAUGGGACCUAUGGGACCAAUGAACAAUGGGCCUCACGGUCCUGCACAUGGUCCCUUCCCAGGGGGUCCAGGUCCUGGCUUUACUGGGCCUGGAGGUCCUUUUGGCCCCGGUGGGACGCCUUUUGGGCCCGGAGGCCCUGGUCUCCACAUGCAUGGCCCACACCCCAUGAUGCAGAUGGGCGGCCCGAUGGACAGACUCGACCAAGGGAGACGCCACACGCCCUACUUCGGGCAACCUGACUACAGACUUUACGAGCUCAACAAACGUCUACAGCAGAGAACUGAGAGACACACCAUCGGUCGCACGCUCUUGCCGCGCUACUUCAGGAGCAUUUUCGAGGGCGGCGUCACGGAGCUGUAUUACGCCGUGAAGCAUCCCAAGGAGUCCUUCCAUAACACCUCCAUCACCCUCGACUGUGAUAACACCAACAUGGUCACCCAUCAUGGCAAGCCCAUGUUCACUAAGGUAUUCACUGAAGGCCGCCUCAUCCUGGAGUUCACAUUCGACGACCUCAUGCGGAUCAAGUCGUGGCACUUCGCCAUCCGCAGCCACACGGAACUCAUUCCCCGCAACGUGAUCGCCAUGCAACAGGACCCAGGGCUUGUCGAGACCUUCAGCAAGAACAUCACGCGCAUGGGCAUCACCAACCACACCUUAAACUACCUCAAGCUGUGCGUGAUACUGGAGCCGAUGCAGGAGCUGAUGUCUCGCCACAAGGCGUACGCGUUGUCACCCCGCGACUGCCUCAAGACGACGCUCUUCCAGAAGUGGCAGAGGAUGGUCGCUCCUCCAGGUGCCGCAAAUCAAGCCAGUGCUAGAAAUGGUCCUAAUGGAGAGACGCAGCGCGCCCCGAACAAGCGGCGUAAGCGCAAGGGGUCGCAGUCUGGCCAGAAUGCGAGCACCAACUCUACGGGCGCGGGCAAGAAACGCUCGCCCGGACCAAAUUUCAACCUGGCCUCUCAGGUCUCUGAUGUGAUGGUGGUGGGGGAGCCGUCACUCAUGGGUGGUGAGUUCGGCGACGAGGAUGAGCGUCUGAUAACACGAUUGGAGAACAGUCAGUACGAUACUACUGUUGUCGACGAUCCUAGUUCUCAGCUGCAGCCCACAUCCGUCGUCCCUAACGCACCACAACCUGGGGGGCCUGUCUCGCAACCCUCUUCCAACAACCCCACCGCCCAGGGUGGUAACGCAUCUACUACUCCUCAUCACCCGCAGCAACCACCGUCUGGUGGUCCACAGGGGGGACCGUUCACAAGCUCCCCUCACCACAUGGGCAGUGGGGGGCCCGGCUGGCCCGACACCUCAAGGGGACCCAAUGACCCUGACAAAAAAUCGCCCGCCAUGAAUUAGGCGACGUUUGGGACCAUUACGUCUUCGACGUACUGGACGCAACGUCGUCCUCGUCACGGCUUUUUUAGUGACGUGUCGCAUACGUGCGCCUAAAUCUCGCCUACGUGCGCCUGAGUGCACGUGACGAAUACGUGGGUUCGACGUAUAUUGUCUGCGCCGGUCAUUUUCGCGCGAUAUUAAUGUGCUGACGCUGCUCUAAGAGUGUCGGUGUCAUUGGCUACUCGUGAACACGUUGUACGUUCAAAAUAAUUCCAUUACAUGAACACGUGUCGGACUCGGCGAAGAGUUAACCACGAUAGUAUUACGAGUAGUUGAAUAGUUUGUGGGUGAAAUGCGUACUAUGCUUUAAGAGACGCCACUUGGAUGUGAGUAGCGAUCUCGCUUAGACGUCUGCUUCUAUCACACUGUCAGUGGUGACUGCCACAGUCCUAAUUGAAAUCGUGCACCUUGCACUGCUUGUUCCCUUCGCUGCUGAUGGCACAGCAGCUUAAUUUCCACCAACUUGAGAUGCUCUUUUCCGCCAAAGUCGGAAACCUUUCAACAUCAGACCAGAUCAAACUUGACACUCAUGCAGUCAGCAUUGAUCGUGUGAUAGAGGCUUCUGUAAAUGGCAGCGAUCUCAACUCUCUGCCCUACCCUGUGUGUUCUUUUCUAAGUGUGCUUGUUCCUGUACAUUGUGUGAGAGAUCGUGUACAUUAUGACAUUUAUAGCGGCUGUCACGAGAUGCGUGUGCAGUGGUAACAUUUUAUUACCAUCACACCUUAUCAAUUAACAAUUAUUAUUAUUACCAUCACACCUUAUCACCUCUGAUAUGCAGCAGGUUUGUUUACUCGAGCAUUGUUUCACCGGCUAAUUUAUUAUGGAUUAAAUAUGGUGGAACACACCACCAAAACUCUUGUUUUCUUGCGCCUGCAGCAAAGAUUUAUUACUAAAAGAUUGCUGACAGCUGAGGCCUGCGAGGAGGAAGACGAUCAACCGAUUGCUGUCAUCUAUACGACAGCUCUAACACUUCUGAUUGAGAAAGCUACUUGCCAUAUUGUAUUAAUAUCAUCUUGAUUGUUUUUAUGAAUGUAAAAAUCGCCUAUUUUGCAAGGCUUUCUUGCGUGAAUUUGUGAGAGAAACGAGCUUUAAAUGAGUAUAUUCAUCGAUAUUUUUCUUGAAUGAAUUGGCCGCUGAUUGAAUUGAGCUGCCAGUGUUCAACACGGUCGUGUAUUUCGGUUCCAAAAAUGUACAGGUACGCGUAUUGUCUUAUAGUUCAAUUUGAAUAGUAUAAGUUCAUAUUUAUUUGCUUCUGAGUGUACAGUUUAUAUGUUGAGCAGAAAUACUUCACUACCUCUUUCCUGACUUGGCAUAUUUUCAGGUUGUCACCAUUUCGUUAAUUUGAGAGCCAAACAGUUGUGUCAUAUCUCCACUCGAUGAAGUUCCCCGCGUGCUGCUUUCAUCUUCUGAAUCAUACGAUGCAGAAGAUGUUAUACCUACGUAUAUCCUUCAUGUUUUCAUAGUUCUUCUCAAUUACGAACCUCACUCCAGCACGACACGGUAUCGUGUCUCUGCAUCGCCAGUGCAACUUCUCAAGAGUCGCUUCAUCCACCAUGCCGGUGAUGUAACAAGUGUGCAACGCAGAUCCUUUACUCUUUCGUUAUUAUAUUUCAAAUUGUGACAUAAGUUGUACUGUGAAUUUGUUUAGUGAAGUAUGCGUGAGUGUAAAAACAGGCCCAUCCGCUCGUCAACUAUUACCAACACUGAAGCGAUGACUGUGUCUUGUGGCCAUACGUGGACUCGUAUUGCAGAUGACAUACAAGUGUGUACAUAUUAGGGAUAAAGUGUAUUGUGUUAACCGCGAUCUUGGUGUGGUUUGUCUCCACCGAGCCUGGAGUGGUGGUGUUGUUCACCAUCACCGUACCUGGAGUGGCGGUUUUGUUCACCACCACCGGACCUGGAGUGGUGGUGUUGUGCAUUACCAUCGUACCUGGAGUGGUGGUGUUCUUCACCACCACCGGACCUGGAGUGGUGGUGUUGUUCACCAUCAUCGUACCUGGAGUGGUGGUGUUGUUCACCACCACCGUACCUGGAGUGGUGGUGUUGUUCACCAUCACCGUACCUUUAGUGGUGGUGAGCAUCACACAUAUUAAAGUUCUUUUCAGAUACGUGCGUCUCGUUGAAAACGUAGCACGUGCGUUACUCACGAACACGUCGUUCGUUUACUCAGGUUCGUGUAAACUAUUCGCAGAUGCUGAAACCUGACAGGGAUCUACAUCGUUAGCUCUUCUCUGUUGUUCGCCCCCAAAUGAGACUUUAUAUCUUGUAUUGUCAUAGGUUAUUGGCAUCAAAAUCGUGGAAUAUUUUUUUCUACUUAUAUCAGUUAUCUCUUCAGUCGUUACCGAGACAUUGACUCAGGUUACCUUUUUCAGAUAGAAGAAUGUUAUUGAUAUCAUUGCUGUAUUGUUUUGCUUUAUUUGGCUAAUGACUGUUUUUAGUUGAACUGACGUUCAUACACUUGUUAUCGCAGCAUUUGUUCUUAUUUUUUUAAGUCAGGGGUUCUUAUGGCCUACCGUCAUCCGCCGCUGAUACAGGAGCGUCACCUGCGAGUGAAGUGCGUUAUCGUUCUUCAUUUCCCAAAUCGAUCUAUGGAAUUAUUUUAUUGUUCGAUUUUUAGCGCAUGAGCGCAUUCAUUUGUGCCAGUAGCAUUCGAGUUUAUGUUUCGAGCGAAUCUUUAUUGUGACGGGCCAUUUAACAUUCCAUUCUUAUUUGAUAAACUGAUGGUCGAGCUUCACGUGACUCCUUCUUAAACAUAAGAUAAGUGAGUGUGUAUAGGAUUCAAGAUACGGUACGUGUGCCGUAGCUUAAUAGUGGAACAUGACCUACGCUUGUACAUUUACUUGGUGUCAGCAUUGUGCUGCUGUAGCUGUCUGCGUUAACAUUCUUAUUUAUUUAUUAUUCUCCACGACUAUAACACUUUCAUUCUUACAAAGGUUACAAGAUGCAGGAAUGUUCCCAAAAAAUCUCAAUUGUUCGGCGCCUGAGUAAUACUCUAAUAAUACUAAAGAAAUAGUCAUUCAAUUGGCCUGGGUAUGGUUUGUUGGGAAGUUGUGCGAGUGUUUUAGACUCCUGAUAUCAGAAGAUGGUCGUUCACUAUACCAUGGGAACUGUGCAGCCCAGCGCUAGUUUCAUACAUUCACUUCUACGGUAUACAUUUUUAAUCAAUGUUCCUGCUAUUUGUUUUGUAUUUUUAAACGCUAUUUUAUCUGCAGAUUACUUCUUUGUUGUUAUUUUAUUGUUCAACAAUUUUUGUGCAAAACAAAAAUGCGCUACGGUUUUCUUUGGGAGGAAUGGGCUUUUAACACGCACAUCCAUGUUACCCUUGCACGUCUGCACUACAUCUCAUUUCACUCGUAGCUGUCCCGGGGUUUUAGCCGAGACGUAUCAUAAAUCGCCGAGACGUAUCAUUUAGCCGAGACGUAUUAGCUCGUUGUCGUAUCAUAAAUCGAUCAAUCACAUUCAGAUGUACAGCUGACAAUUGUACAACUUUGAAAUUCAUUCAAGAUGAACGCGAAACUUCCUACUACCGUAACUAUUUUAGAGAAUUUUGGCGUUUAAUUAUCAGUAAUAUUGUUUUCAUAAUUGAUAUAUGAGCUUGUUCUUCCAUUGAUUCCGAAUGUUCAUUAAUUUUAAAAUAACUAAAUACAUUUGUUUUAAAAUAAAUUGAACGUCAAAUUGAGGUCAUCUCGAAUGUCAAAAAUCUUGUCAUUUUUAAUCCCCCUAAAGUAGUUAUCUGUGUAAUUUUAACACUUAUUUGCUUUUUAAAUUAUGUAUGCUCGAUAAUUGAUUUCUUUAAGAAUUGGACGCGAAUUUUGUUAUUUUUACUUGAAGAAUGAUCAAAUGUUGUCAGUUCGGAGAAGUUUAUUUUCAGCGCCCGUUAUUCUUGCCAUCCUGACAUGUUGCCGUGGCAAGAAUCAGCUUCAUCUCUAAUUUCCCUAUCUCGUCAUUAUUGAACGCUUUAAUCUAUCAUCAUUAUCGAACGCGUUAUCAUUACGCGUUCAGUGCAUCAUUAUUGAACGCUAUAAUAUCAUUAUUAAAAACGUAUAAGCUAGGCGACGCUUGUUCAGAUUUAUUUCAGGGAGAAAAUAUUCGCUUGUUAGCGAUUUGCGUGAAAAUCUCACUUGUACAAAUUGGGACGUGCAUUUUCUAUGCCAGAUGUAAAGGAAUGUGUGAACGUGUGCGAUGCUAAUAAAUAUUUCUAAAUAAAA